AUGUUUUCCAAUUCAGAUGAUUGGGAAUAUGCCUUAUUUGGAAGUCCUUGGAUGGUGGCGGACCAUUAUCUUACAGUGAGACAAUGGCAUCCAAAUUUCAAUCCCAAUGAAGCCACAAUAGAUAAAGUUGCAUUGUGGAUGAGACUCCCAGAUUUGGCAAUGGAGUCUUGUGAUAACAAGAUUUUGUGGAGAAUUGGUGAUAAAAUUGGCAAGACUCUGAAAGUGGACGGGACAACAUCAAUUGGUUCUCGUGGGAAUUAUGCUAGAAUCAGUAUGGAAGUGGAUCUAACAAAGCCUCUUCUGGCAAAGUUCCAGCUGAGACGAAGGGUUCGCAAAAUAGUCUACGAGGGCCUGCACCUUAUAUGUUUCCAUUGUGGCCAAUAUGGUCAUAGAAAGGAGGCAUGUCCUCAUAUACAACAUGCUGCCAACCUGAAGAGAUCGGAAGUGGUUGAAUCCUACGGGGACUGGAUUGUGGCGAAAAAGCCGGGGAGGAGAUUGGGCAUGAAAUCUGAAAACACGGCUUCUCCUAAAUUUUCAGAUUCAAAGCAAAGAUCUCAGGAGGUCAUGGCCUCUAAUGAGGCAGGAAAUAAAGGUAAAGCUACUGCUAAUAAUUCUACGAAGGCAAGGAAUAUAUUUGAUAUAAGAAGCCCAAUCAGUAAACAGGAUGGUAGGGGGGAUCCAGCCCAUGGGCCUGAUGCCCCUAGUACAAACAAAGAGGCGGUAUUUGGGAAUAUCUUUCAGCGUAAAAGGAAGGUGCUAGAUCGGCUUGGUGGUGUUCAACGUACUAUGACAAAUGGAGGAAAUCCAUUUCUGCACCGGUUGGAGAGAAAGUUGACAGAGGAUUAUAACCAGACUGUGUCACAAUCAAAAAUCAAGAUGUCAGUGGAUUUCCUACGGGGAUAA